AUGUCAAGGGUACUGCAACUGUUUGACGUUUCUGAUGUACAAUGCCUGGUAAAAAAAUCCUACAAGUGCUUCCUUUGUCCUCGCAUAACAAAAAGGACUGACAGAUUUGCCAUAUCGAAAAGUCACAGACUUGUUGUUAACAGAAUAUCAGGACGAACACCAAGUGAUGGGGAUUUUCUCUGCAACAAGUGUCGUCAUGUGUGCAAGUCAUAUGUAAAGGGAUCUGAGAAAGCAAAGAAAAUAGUGCAGGCAUGUACUUCUUCUACAUGUACUCCUCAGCCAUCUGUAACACCUGUUAGCCCACCUUCAGUGCAGCUGCCAUUCCCUAGCUCAGCUAGAGGACACUCCUCCUGUUGCAUCUGCAAGAGGCCUGGACCAAAACUCAUUGUUGUUCCUGUGGAUAUCAGACACCAGAUAUUUAUUUCCAAGGAAAUCAUUAUUCCAGCUGGUGCCAGGUGUUGUCCAAACCAUCUUCAUGGAAAUAUUGGGGAUCUUGAACCUACAGCUGAUACAACAACAGUGAAUAGAUCAACAAUCACCCAACUGAUCAAGUUUUUAAGGUCAGAAAUUCAGAGGCAAGAGAAAACAAGACUUGAUUUUAACAGCGAAAAAACUCUCAGUGAUGCCGAGUACCGUGAUCUCAUGGGAAUUUCCAAGGACUCUUUCAAAGAUCUUCUGCUCUUCGUGGAGGGAAAAGUUCGGCCUACUCCAACAAGAUCUGUACGGACUAGCUUAGCUAUUUUCCUGAUGAAAUUAAGGGGAGGUGAAUCAAACAGAGUACUUUCAACCCUUUUCAAUGUAUCUAAGUCCAGUAUUCGAAGAUGCAUUAGUUCAGUACGCUCAGCCCUUUCUGGAAGAUUUGUCCAUGAAAACCUGGGUUUCCAGCACAUCUCACGUGCAGAGAUUAUACAGCACCAUACAAGACAGUUAGCUCAAACUCUGUUCGAAACCAGCCCAGGCAAUCAAGCAAUUUUGGUAAUGGACGGUACCUACAUCUACAUUAACAAGAGUGGAAACUUUCAGUUCCAAAGGCAAUCAUAUAGUUUGCACAAGGGACGUCCUUUGGUAAAGCCAUUGAUAAUUGUUUCAACGACUGGCUACUACUUAUCAGUUAUGGGCCCCUACCUUGCAAGGAACAAUGACGCAAGUAUCCUAAAGCAUGUCAUGAAGUCCAACAUAGAGGACAUUUGCAACUGGGUGGAGAAAGAUGAUAUUUUCGUGGUUGAUCGGGGGUUUCGAGACUCACUGGAUUUUUUGGAAGAGCUUGGGAUCCAAGCCCACAUGCCUUCUUUUAUGUCCAAAGGAGAGAAACAGAUGACAACAGAGAGUGCCAAUACAAGUCGUCUUGUUACAAAGAUAAGGUGGGUUGUGGAAUCCGCAAACUCCCGGAUCAAGCAAUGGAAAUACCUUCAGCAUGUAUUGCCAACAAGUCAGAUUCCAUACAUAGGGGAUUUCAUAAGGAUUGUCUGUGCUAUUUGCAAUAGAUACAUGAAACCACUUUCUAACGGAAAUGCUACUGAGGAUGAGUCCCUUGGAUGUAAGAUGCUUUUUCUAUCCAAGCAAGUCAACGCCUUACAACAACAUGUGGAGGAACAUCACCUAGAUCGGCGCUCUGUGUGUUGGGAACCAGUAGAUGAUCUAAAAGGCUUUCCGUAUCUUGAUGAAGAGCAGCUUCGAAAUCUCACUUGUGGGAUAUACCAGCUUCGACUCUCACCCAGUUAUGCACAGGAACACUUAGAAGGCAACUGCCAGAUACAUGUCCACAAAGAGGAGCCAGGUCUUGUCAGGGUACGGUUACAGAGUCGACAUGUAUCAUCUCGAUCAUACCAGUUAUGGAUAAGAUAUGAUGAAGCAAGUGUUACAGCAUGGUACUGUAAAUGCAGAGCCGGGGCAAGAGUUGUUGGGAUGUGUUCCCACAUUGCAGCCAUUUUAUGGUUUUUGGGAAAUGCGAGGCACAGGAUCUCAAGUGGAUUUGGAGUUCGAAAUUGGGGAGACUUUGUUGACGAUGCAAACAACAUUCCAACUCCAGUUGAUGAAAGUGAGUCCUCUGAGGGAGAACUUAGCGGGACGGAAGAAUGACAUUUAACUGUAAACAUUGUUAGAUUAAAUAUUAAUUGUAUAUCAACUGCUUAUCCUCAGAUCCUAAAAUCCAUGCAAUAAUAAAAAUAAUAUUCAAAACAGUUUCCAUGCAGAUCAAUAGAAUUUUAAAGAUAAUUCAUUUAUAUAACUUUUCAUUAUUUUCUAACUGUAGUUAUGAAUGCACUACACACCCAAAUGAUAUUUUUUCAAAAGUUUUGAUUGCUAAUUUUUUCUAUUAUUCAUAAUGAAAUUAUUUGUAUGUGCACAAG